CAUACUGGGAGUUGAGUUAAAUCCGAAACCAAUUCAGUUUACAUGUUCCAGCAGAGGACGGGCAGGCUUUGUCUUUUAGCAGAAAUUAAUCUUGCCGUGUUAAUCUUAUUUCUCCCUGAGGGAAGAUCAGUCAUCCCUGCGCUGAAGUCAGACAAGGACCAAAGCUGGCAGUGGCAGCUUCCCUGAAGAGGAUAGAAACUAACCAGCAAAGGUAUCAGACGCUGGUGCUAAGGAUGUUUUUGUCCCGAUAUCAGACCUGGAGGUAACCCCACGUUGUCUGUGCUGUCGCUCCCUCUCCCCGUACACCCCGGAGUGGAGAUGGUCCACUGGACCGCACAGUGGGGGACAUGUGUCUGGCUCCAGACUCUGCUGGCCUUUGCCUUGGCCAACUGUUCCUCACCCACCCCCAGUGCUGUCAACUUUUCUGUGAUUUAUACCAUGCCCUUCUUCCAGGCCCGGGGCCCCAUCCAGAACAUUGUCAAUAACUCGUUUUACCAGGAGGUUUAUGUUGCCUCUCAGAAUGUCAUUGAAGCUGUCAACAGAAGCUUGGAGAAGGUGUGGGAGCUCCGCACUGGGCCGGUGGGAAGCCCAGAGUGUCAGAUAUGCGAUUUGUGCGAUGUUGACAAGGAUCCCAACUUCCUGGAGGACACAAACAAUCAGGUCUUGCUGUUGGAUACUCUCUUUAUGUAUUUAUACUCUUGUGGAAGUUCUCAGUAUGGUGUAUGCUAUUUCCACCAACUUAACUCAAAUGGAGAGUCGCCUUCUCUUUCAAAGUGUUUAUUCAGAAAGGAUUCAAACGCUGCCGCCUACUGUCCUGACUGUGUGGCCAGCCCUCUUGGUACCAAAGUCACCAUGGUUGAAGAGGGUCAGACAGUCUAUUUCUUUGUUGCCGCCACUGUCAAUGACAGUGUGACCCAGCGUUAUGGAAGGAAGUCUAUAUCAGUGCGUCGACCACUGGCCACAGAAGAUGGUUUCUACAGGGAUGUUCGUGGUCUGACUGUCCUUCCGGGCUUGCGGAGGACAUAUCAUAUUGAAUAUGUGUACAGCUUUUUCACUCAGGAGUUUGUGUACUUCCUCUCAGUUCAGAGAGAGAGCCCCGACCAGGACUCAUCUCCGUUUCAGACUCGCUUGGGCCGUCUCCCACGGAAUGAAUGGGAAAUGAAGAGGUAUCGCGAGGUGAUUCUGGAGUGUCGCUUUGAGCCAAAACGCCGAAGGAGGAAUGUAGCCAGUGAACCCUAUAAGGAUGUGGUGUACAACGUGGUCCAGGCAGCCCAUUUUGGCAAGGCAGGAAGAGAGCUGGCAGAGGAGUUAGGGGCGGAGGAGGAGGAUGACAUCCUCUACGGGGUUUUUGCUGUUACUGAUGACAACGGGGUCACGGAGCAGGACUCUGCUCUGUGCGCCUUCCCCAUGGACAACGUGAACAAAGCAAUCGCAGAUGGCGUGGACGACUGCUGCGAGUCUGGACCAGAGCAGCUCUCCAGAGGGCUCUGCCAUUUCCAGCCCUGUGAGAGCUGUCCACAUGAGAGCAUGGAGAACAACGCCACAUGCAGAGACCAUCCUACUAUGGUGUCAAAGCCCUACUACAGAGUGGACCUCUUUAACAGGCAGAUGACAAAUGUCCUGCUCACAUCUUUGCUGGUCACAACCAUAGAGAACAAGACUGUAGCCCAUAUUGGCACGUCUACUGGACGCCUUCUGCAGCUUGUAUUGACAAGAUCCAGCCCUGUUAUCUUUGCCAAUUACUCUUUGGUAGAGAACCAGAGGGUCUCGUCCAUCACCGCUGUUUACUCCUCAGAGUAUCUUCUCUUUGUAGUUGGAGACAAGAUGAUCCAGGUGCCCCAGAGAGGGCCGGGCUGUCAACACUUCCUGACUUGUGCCAUGUGUUUGACAGCUCCUAAGUUCAUGGGCUGUGGAUGGUGCUCUGGAGUGUGCUCCUGGGAGAGCGAGUGUCACAGUCGCUGGAGGAACGACUCCUGCCCACCAGGGGUCACUGGGUUCUUUCCACGGACUGCUCCCCCUGAUGGUCAAACAGAGUUAACAGUGUGUGGAUGGGAGUUCCAGUCCCCCUUAAGACCUGUCAUCACCUCCAGAACCCAUCAGGUCCGACUGGGACAUACUGCCUGCACUGUGCUUCCAGUCAAAAGCAACAACACACACCUGGUGUGUAAGAUUCGCUCUGGGGCCACUGAGUUGUCCAAACCAGUCAACAUUACAGUGGAGGUGCAUGAGGGAAAGGUGGAUGGACGCUAUUCUAUUGAUGGGAAGGCAGAAAUGCCAGGAUUCACAUUUGUGAUUCCCAACAUCACAGAAAUCCAGCCCAACUAUGGGCCGCGUGUUGGGGGCACACUCAUCACAGUGACGGGACCUUACUUGGAUGCUGGAAAGACCAGGAAAGUCACUCUCAAUGAUGUGCCCUGUCCUAUAAAGAGAGUCACAAAGCCUAAAGGCAAUGUGUCCUCCAUCAUUUGUCUGUCUCAGCACAUGUCAGAGGUGAGAGAUGUUCCACUGAGUGUUUUCAUCGACAAGUCUCCUGUCCUCACCACAAAGGUGUUUUACUACAAAGACAACCCACAGAUUACAGCCGUCCUGCCUGGCUGUAGCUUUGACCGGGGUUCAAAGAUUGUGAUUGAGGGGGAGAACCUGGAUUCUGUGUACCGCACCAUCGUCCGCUUUAAACCCAAUGAGAGCCACUUGAAACCUGUGACAAGGGAAUGCAUAGGCAAGUCCUUGCCCACAAGGAUGGAGUGUAUCUCUCCUGUGUUCCCCAGGGAUGAGACAGAAGAAGGAGAGCUUUCUUUUGACAUGGACGGAGCGUUGGGACUUUGGAACAAAGAGUUCUCCUACCACCCCUACGGCGAGCCUAUACCUUUUGAAACAGAGGGACAUGUGUUGAGUUUGUACCCUGGGUUUGACGAAGUGUCACUACAUCAUCAAAAGCUGAAUCUGGUGAGCUCCUGUAUGACCAUCAUCAUGACGGUGGCAGGUGUUAAUUGUGAUGCUAAAGUCCUGGAUAAUGAGAUCACUUGCAGGAUCCCCAAAAACAUGACCAUCCCAAGUGAGGGACUGCCAGUGAAGAUCUCCAUCAAUGGGCAUGUCCACAACGUUGGCACGGUGGUGAGGGUGAGCAACCACUACAUGGUGGGCAUUGUUCUGGGGAUCCUGGCGGCUCUGGUGGCUGGGGCGGUGCUGGCAUUCGUAGUCAUGAAACACUUAAGGAAGGAGAAAAAAGCUUCCAUGGUAGAGACCCGUUUGUUGCACGGGGCUCACCGCACUAGUACAAAUAAUGUGGAGCUGUCGCCCAUGGGGGACUACAGGAGAGUAUCCCUAAGUCCUCCAACUCCACUGGUAGGGCCGGUGGUGUUCCCCAGCCUGGCCUACGCUGCAGGCAGCAUAGAUCCUACGCUCACUACUCUCAUGCCUCCAGAGAAGAUCUCCAUCUCAAGUUUUAGGCCAGAGCUUCUGGAGGAGGUGAAGGAUGUUCUUAUUCCUGCUGAGAUGCUUAUUGUGCAGCACCACCGGAUCAUAGGGAAGGGUCAUUUUGGCACUGUCUAUCACGGCUACUUCACAGACCACAACAACAGAGAAAUCCACUGUGCUGUCAAGUCUUUGAAUAGAAUAACAGACGUCGAGGAGGUGGAGCAGUUUCUGAAGGAGGGUAUCAUAAUGAAGGGUUUCCACCACAUUAAUGUGCUGUCUCUGCUGGGCAUCCUCCUGCCACAGGAAGGGCUCCCCCUAGUGGUGCUGCCGUACAUGAAACAUGGGGACCUGCGGCACUUCAUACGCUGCGAGAAAAGGAACCCCACUGUAAAGGAUCUGAUUGGCUUCGGGCUGCAGGUUACCAAGGGGAUGGAGUAUUUGGCUCAGAAGAAAUUUGUGCACAGAGAUCUCGCAGCACGCAACUGCAUGCUGGACGAGUCGUAUACAGUCAAAGUGGCAGACUUUGGCAUGGCCAGAGAUGUUUUUGAUAAGGAGUAUUACAGUAUUCAGGAUCACCGGAAGGCUAAGCUGCCAGUCAAGUGGAUGGCCAUUGAGAGUCUGCAGACACAGAAAUUCACCUCCAAAUCCGAUGUGUGGUCCUUUGGUGUUCUGAUGUGGGAGAUGCUGACCAGAGGAGCGAGCCCCUACCCAGAGGUUGACCCUUAUGACAUAACACAUUUCUUACUGAAGGGCAGAAGGCUUCCCCAGCCUCAGUACUGCCCUGACCCUUUGUAUAGCAUUAUGCUUCAGUGCUGGGACCCUGAUCCAGAGAUGAGGCCUAGCUUUGCUACACUGGUGUCGGCUGUCUCUACCAUCCUGUCUGGCCUGGAGGGAGAACACUACAUCAGUCUGAAUGUCACCUACGUCAACCUGGACCAGCCUCGGCCCUACCCCGCCCUCACAGAGUCUGCUGACGAAGACGAAUCCACAGAUAUUGAAGACUCAGGCUCAGUCUCUUCCUGAUCCACUCCUCUUCCUCUCUCGACUUAGACUUCUUAGUCUUCUUAGACUUCUUCCUCUUAGACUGGUAUCGGUGCUAACAGCAUGAGCAAAGAAACAAACAAACCCAAAACAAAACUCUGCUAGGUUACAACACGUUUCUUACUACCUGAAACAGAGAUACUGUUUGGGUGCGUGAAAGUGGUAGUAAGAUGCUUUCAGCACACCAGCCAUAUUGGAGGUCUGUCACUUUCAACAAUAGCUGAGUAAAAUGUGAACUUCCAAACUUGGUCAGAUAUUGAAUAGACAUUCAAUCUCUGUGUUAUUUUUCACUGCUAACAAUAAAUGUCACUGUUGAUACAUCUAAUCUAGUUUUGUAGUUACAGCUUGUUAGCCAGCCAAACAAAACACGCCUUGUUGUUAACACUUCCUAUGUACCCAUUAAUUGGCAUUUCACUGGUUUGCUAAAUCACGCUGCAGGUUAGCUAGCUGGACAACAAUGGUAAAAACAGAGUUUGUUGAAUUAGGGUCUUCUAACACCACCGUAAUGUGCAAAGAAAGUCACAUGCCUGGGCUAAAUGGUAACAAAAUCUUACUCAUUGCUGAACAGACCUGUUCCAAAACUACAGGAGUCUUUUUCAGAUAUUUGUUUUUCUUUUCUUGCCCAGCUAGUAUUAAUGUAGUCAUUAUAAAUGCUUGCCAUGUAAUUUUAUCCAUGUCUAACAGUGUUGGCUACAGUAUUGAGGAAAGGAGUCACAAAAGUAGUUCUACAAUGCAAACAAGUUAAAUCUAGAGGCUUUCUACUACCUACAACAUAGUGUACUGUUACAGCAGCAGAGCCCAUGUGUAUAUACGUUUAGGUAUGACAAUCACACAUUUGCUUUUAAUUCUUUUGCAGUGUAGUGAUUGUACUGUGUAUUUUGGAUCAUACCUUUUGUAAGGCAGAAUGUUGACCACAAUGCUCUGAAUGCUUUGUAUUUCUGACACACUGUCUUUGAGAUAAUGUGUAAUGAAUUAAAAUAUUUAUUUGUUUAUAGAUUUGUUCUCAUGCUGUGGACUUUAAGUAAAAAUGAGAAUUUAUGCAAACUCUG